AUGGAGGUCGCCGCUGGAGUAAUCUCUUUGACAUGGGACGUAUUUGACAGCGCGGUUAGGGUCUUCAAGUUCAUUACUGCCCUGGUCGAUAUGCCCAGGGAGUUUGAGCAGUACAGGCUGCAGCUCAUCAUCGAAUACAACCGAGUCCUGGCCUGGGGAAAAGCAGCAGGCUUAGUCGAUGUCCCUGAGGGUUCCAGUCUGGGCACCACAUUGGGAGCGGAGGGGUUAGAGCUGGUUGCCAUCGUGGCUCGGAUACAGUGGCUGCUGUCGGAAUUCAGGGAGCUGAACGCCCGCUACGGCAAUGAACUGCCUGUUUCUUCCACAAAGACCGAUACUUCGGACGACAAGGAGGCCAACGAGCAGCCGACGGACAUCGACGUUCUCAAGGAGAUUUCAAGCCUAGCCGUGUCCUACGAGGCAAGGCAUGAAGAGCGCAGGCAUCUCCGGGGGACCAACCAUAUCCGGAGCUUCUUUCAAAAGACCGGUCGCCACACCAAGGAUAUCGUCACUCAUCCAGCCCGUGUCCGUUGGAUAGCCAUCGAUAAGGAAGCCUUCGAGGCGCUCCUGAAGGAUCUCCAUGCCCUGACGGAGAGGCUUCACGAGCUCAUGAGAACCUACCGAGAGAAGCAGAUUGACGAUAUCACAGCAAAGACAUACCGAGAGAUGAUCCUGACCAGGAACACCGUCCAAAACCUGCGAGACAUGCUUGGGGCUGUCACAAGUUUGAUAUCUACUUCAGCAGAUACCCGCAAGGAGAAAGAGGCGCAUCACAACGACACGUCUCUCCAAGACCUCCUCCAACUCAAGAAGAUCAGUCGAACUUCCGAACUGAUUCUCGCCCAGCUCAGCAAGCGGGACAUUACCACCUUCGACAUUGCCCGCAGCUUAUUCGACUUCGGCAUCACAGUCCGCAAGUACACCGACGCCGACCUAAGCGAAUUCUUUGAGUGGAAUGAGCACGAGGCUGAAAUUCCCGAAUCGCUCCCCCGGCCGCGGGGAAUCCUAACCACAUCCGAAGGCGACACGCCAGUGUGGAUCGAAUGGAAGUCCCUCGGCGACAUCCCACCCAACUCGCUCAGGGACGCGCAAUCCGCCCUCCGCACGGUCGCCCUGGCCGAGAUGCUGCGACUGCCAAAGCCCGCGUCCUUGCACGCGCCCGAAUGUCUCGGCUUCUUCGACGACCGCGAUGUGUCCGGCGCCGACCGCUACGGCUGGAUCUUCAAGAUGCCCGAGGGCAGCGACUACGACACGCGGGUCGUGUCGCUGCACGACAUGCUUGGCGACGCGAAACUGAAGCCGAGCUUGUCGCGGCGCGUGGGCAUGGCGGCGAGACUGUGCGCCACGGUGCUGAACCUGCACGCCGUCAAUUGGCUGCACAAGGGCAUUUUUAGCGACAACGUCGUGUUCCACUGCAGCGCGGAGAAGGAGGACGACAACGGGACUGGUAGGGGUCAAACGGGGCUGGAGUACAACCCCGAGAAACCCGUCUUAUCCGGGUUUGAGUUCUCGCGCCCGGACGGGUCCGAGACCACAGCGAGGGAAGUGGAUGUCGUCUGGGAUCUCUACCGUUGGCCCGGCAUCCAGCGGCAGCGGCCGACCGAGAGGAACUCGAAGAAGACGUAUGAUCUGUACAGUCUGGGGCUGUUGCUGUUGGAGAUCGCACACUGGGAGAAGCUGCACAAGGUGAUGCACCUGGGAGAGAAGAAACCGAGCGGCGAGGGCCAGAAUGGCAAGGUGCCGAAUGUGCCGCUGGAGGAGUCUAAGAUGGUCAGGGAUUGGUUGUUGGGUAUCAAGAAGGGCGCGCCGUUUGAGGCGGCUGGUCGGCCGAACCCGCUGACCGAGUUGAGGAAUAUUGUUGGAGAUAGGUACUGGAGAGCGGUAGAAAGGUGUCUCUGGGCGCACGGCGAGAAGGGAUUUGGCGUGGAGGAACUGGCUGAGCAAUCCAAUGACUCGGAUGUGGGAAUAUCGUUGCAGGAGGCGUUCACUGAGCAUGUUGUUGAGCAGUUGAGCUCUGUCUGUAUUUAG